AUGGAAAGGGAUUUGCGCGAAGAACACAAGGCUCACUGGCUUAGUCGGCGCAAGCAAGGUGCGCGGUUGCGCAUGAUAUUUAUUGCCAUCAAGCGCCUCUUGCUUUGCAGAUAUGGACCCGGGCCGUACGGGAGCUCCAACGCCAAUGAAGAGGCUACAGGUUCGGUACGGCACACGUGCGAGGCCACAGCGUAUCCUGCAGCGCAUAUGUCAUCCACAAAAUCGUUUGACUGGUCUGAGGAAACACUCACUGACUUGCGGCUGGAGCUUGAGAAGCUUGUGGUGCUUGAUUUUUUGAUGCGCAAUACUGAUCGAGGCUUGGAUAAUUUCAUGAUCAGGUACAAUCCUCAGCCAGCCCCUGGGGAACGUCGCAUAACUAUUGGAGCUAUUGAUAAUUCGCUGUCGUUCCCUCAUCAGCAUCCGCAAGGUCUGCGUGAUUAUCCGUACGGAUGGCUGUUUCUCCCUGCGGGACUGAUUGGUCAACCGUUUUCCGACGAGACACGCCGCCUGUUUCUUCCUAAACUCUGUGACCCUGUCUGGUGGGCAGGUACCAUUGAGGGACUCCGUCGCAUCUUUAGCCAAGAUGCACAUUUCCACGAGCGCACAUUCCAACAUCAAGUGUCACUUCUGCUAGGGCAAGGAUGGCUUAUUGUACAAUGCCUGCGAGAACGCAAUGAAGGCCCCAUCGAACUGUGCGCGCGGCCCAAGUGCUUGAUUCACAGUAGUGUACAGAUGAUGACUCGCAAGGAGCUUGAUGCACAUACGGUGACUGACUUGGUGCAGGGCAGCAUUGCAUUCCCAUCAGAUAAGUUGCACGAGCACGAAGAUACCGAUGAGAGGCCCACCAGCACGCGCGCGAUUGAAUUCAAUCCCCGCAAGCACGACUCAAAACCUAGUCGUUUAGUGCAGUCGCUGCCGACGACAAUGAUGUCGUCGUCGAAUCCUUUGCUCUCCGGCACGUCACAUGAUUCGAGAGCCAUUGAUAUUGUUGAGCGCAUGGCCAAGACACAGAAACGUGGACUGCAUUCACCAAAACCUUAUGAAAGUCCGCGAGAACUUCCCAGUGCCAAGGCGUCUCAUCGCAUGCGUCCCCUGGACCUGGAUAUUAGCGCGAGCGUAAGUACGUAUCCCGUGCCAGUCCUUGUCGAGACACUCGAGCCCUUUACGCGGAAAGCUUGGCCAUCCUUGAAUUAG